UCCUCCAAAUAAGUAAACAAGAAAAACAGCGUGAAAGGGGGUGAGUUCGUUAGUGGUCGGAAAAACUUCUAAUUUUUGCGUUUUAUGUGGUUGAAUUUAGUCAAAAAUGUUAAAAAGACUGUUUUUCAAAGCAGCCCUACGACCUGCCUGUUAUCAGCCGCUCAUGGUAGCUAACAUGUCCCAGUAUGGACCCCAGUUUGUGGAGCCUGUCUUCAAAAAGGAGAAACUGCGGGAAAUGGAAGAGACCGGUGAAAUCGCCCAGAUUGCCCAUGUCCCCAUCAAGGCUGCCCGUAACAACGACAGCUGUUCGGUGUUCCACGACGAUCUCGUCAGUCAGUUCACCAAUUAUGUAAUGAAGAAGGGCGACAAGCGUUUGGCGAGGGAUCUUGUGGAAAAGGGUUUCGAGAACAUCAAACGUCUCCAGCUAGAACGGUACCAUUUGGCCGAAAGCGAGGAAGAGAAAGCCAAAAUCGAGUUGAAUCCACGGGUUCUGCUGAGCCAAGCUGUGGAAAACUGUAGACCAUUGUUGCAAUUAACACCUAUCAAAAGGGGCGGCGUUCGGUAUCAGGUACCGGUUCCGAUCACCGAGAAGCGGUCGUACUUUUUGGCCAUGAAGUGGCUGCUGGAGGCGUGCCGAGAGAAGGAACGAACCGUUCACUUCCCGGAGAAGAUGGCUUGGGAAGUGCUGGACGCUGCCGCCAACCAGGGCAAGGUAUUAAAACGCAAACAGGAACUUCACAGACAGUGCGAGGCUAACCGAGCAUAUGCUCACUAUCGAUGGAGUUAGGAUGGUUGGUUAUAGUCGCGCGAUUUCUUGAAAUAAACUUUAUUUGAAAAUUUA